AUGCCUUUGUUUAAUGAUUCAAAAGUAACUGAAUUUUUGCUAGUUGGAUUUUCAGACAUCCACAAACUUCAAAUAUUUACAUUUAUUUUCUUUCUAAUUAUUUAUCUAUCAACAGUACUGGGAAAUGUUGUUAUUAUCACACUGGUAUGGACACACCCGCAGCUGAAAACGCCAAUGUAUUUCUUUCUGUGCAACUUAUCCUUCCUGGAAAUCUGGUAUACGUCUGUCACACUUCCUAAGAUGCUAAAUGACCUUAUUUUUACCAGACAAAGAAUAUCAGUUAUUGGUUGUAUUGCCCAGUGUUACUUUUUUUUCUUGCUUGGAGGUAUUGAAAAUUACUUUCUUGCAGUCAUGGCAUAUGAUAGGUAUUUAGCCAUUUGUUUCCCAUUAAGAUAUUCAACAAUCAUGAAUCCCAUAUUUUGUUGUCAGCUAGUUGUAGGAUGUUGGUUAUGCUGUGCUUUAGGGUCACUUUUGCCUCUUUAUUGGUUAUGCAAUUUAUCAUUUUGUGGCCUAAACCUGAUUGAUCAUUUCUUUUGUGAUGUGGUUCCCUUACUGAACAAGUCCUGUACAGACACUUCCAUGUUAAAGAUCUAUUUCUUCAUUAUUGUUUGGAUUAUUAUUUUUAGUUGCUUGCUGUUUACUAUUCUAUCAUACGUCCAGAUUAUAUUGACUGUUUUAAACAUAGCAACUUCAUCUGGAAAGAGUAAAGCCUUUUCUACUUGUGUGUCUCAUCUUACAGUAGUGGUUAUUUAUUAUGGAUCUGUUAUAUUGAUAUAUGUGAGAUCACCAAAAGGCCAGGUAUUUGAAUUUGACAAAUAUAUAUCAGUGUUCUAUGCAGUGGUAACUCCCCUUCUCAACCCAAUAAUUUACAGCUUGAGAAACAAAGAAGUAAGAAAUGCAUUGUGCUCUAUUAAAAAAGUGUAA